AUGGACACCAUUAGCAUUUGCGACCCAGCCACGGCCGACAAGCUUUCUCUAUCGCCCGAGCAGUUUCGCCAAGCCUACCGAUCCUCAGAUGGGACUCCCUACGACAACAUCGUCAUCGGUGUCUUCAUCAUCCGAGAUACCAGGGCCCUACUUCUGCUUUCACCAAACGAUAUUCACUUUCCAAAUGCCUUCGAGCUACCAAGAGUUACUGUCGAUGGAACAGUACAUAAUACGAGCCUAGACGACUUUCUUGUAGGAGAGAUUAUGAGGAAGACCGGGCUCAAGAUUGAGAAGGUGGUUGGAGAACUGGUGCCGUCCUUAAUUGGGGCUGGAAAAGUCAUUCUCAAUCCGGCUGAGCAUUCUGAAUUCGAUUGGGCCGUCGAGGCAAACUUGCAUGCCUUUGAGGUACACUCGAGAGGGUUUCUUGGUCUGGACAUCAUGUUACAUCAGAAGGCUAGAUAG